AUGGAGGAGGAGGAGGCUCUGAGGAACAGGAAGAUGCCCCAGGAUAACCAGGCAGACAAGGAGCUGAGGACAGAGACCAUGGAGGACAAAUCCCCGCGGCAGAACCUCGAGGAAGAGGUCGUUUGGAGCGGCUCCACGUCGCAGGAAUCCAGCGGGGAGGAAGAGCCGCGGAGAUCCCGCACGAGGAGGGGCUGCAAACGCAGAUCACGGGGAUCUGAGGAGGAAAGACCCAGCCUGGGCCGGGCAGGGGGUCGGAGAUGGAGCCGGAGCUCGGACCUGGUGGUUCAUGAGCAGCUUCAUGAUGGGGAGAAGCUCCACAAGUGUGAGGAGUGCGGGAUGAGCUUCAGAUGGAGGAGCAGCCUUACCUGUCACCAGAGGAUCCACACCGGGGAACGGCCCUACAAGUGUGGGGAUUGUGGGAUGGACUUCAGGCGCCGUUCCAAUCUGGUCCAACACCAAAGUAUCCACACUGGGGAGAGGCCCUACAAAUGUGGGGAUUGUGGGAAGGACUUCAGGCAACGUUCCAACCUGACCCGUCACCGAAGUAUCCACACUGGGGAGAGGCCCUACGAGUGCUCAGAGUGUGGGAAGGACUUCAGGCGCCAUUUCAGCCUGAUCCGUCACCAAAGUAUCCACACUGGGGACAGGCCCUAUGAGUGCUCAGAGUGCGGGAAGAGGUUUUACUCCUGCUCCCAUCUCAUGCAGCAUUACCAGUCACACACUGAUGAGAUACCCUACGAGUGUCCUGACUGCGGGAAGGCCUUCAGGAGAAUCUCCAGUCUCAUGAAACACCGGCACAUCCACACGGGGGAGAAACCCUAUGAGUGUGGGGUGUGUGGGAAGAGCUUCAGUGACAGGAGCACGCUGAAGCAGCACCGGAGGAUCCACACUGGGGAACGGCCCUACAAGUGUCAGGAGUGUGGGAAGAGUUUCCGGCUGCGCAGCCAAUUGAUCAGCCACCAAAACAUCCACACGGGGGAAAGGCUCUACAAGUGUCAGGAGUGUGGGAAGGACUUCAGGCACUGUUCCAACCUCAUCCGUCACCGAAGUAUCCACACUGGGGAGAGGCCCUACGAGUGCUCAGAGUGUGGGAAGAGGUUUUACUCCAGCUCCCAGCUCAUGCAGCACUACCAGACACACACGGAUGAGAGACCCUACGAGUGUCCUGAUUGCGGGAAGGGCUUCAGGGAGAACUCCACCCUCAUCACCCACCGGCGCAUCCACACCGGGGAGAGGCCCUACGAGUGUCCCGAGUGUGGGAAGAGCUUCUCCUGCAGAUCAACCUUGGUCAGUCACCAACGGAGGCACCAGUAAGAGAAGCCAUGUGAGUGCCCUGAGCGCAGGAAGAGCUUCGUGCGCUGCUCCAACUCCAUCCCCCACUGGAUGACCCACAAUCUUCAGAGCCCUGGUGACCCACAUUCCCUGGGAUGCAGUUUGGGAAGGCACCUGGCUGGUUAUCCUUUUGUUUUGGCCUUAUUUUUUGUCUGUCCUCCAUCUCUUUGUGCUCCAAAGCCAAGAGGGAUGGGCCUGUCCCCUCUAAACCACUCAAAUUCCCAUGAACACACCUCAACUUCAACCCAGAAGGGCUCCAUCCCACCUCCAAGUGGAUUGUUCCCGCCUCAAAACAACUCAGUCCCACACGAACCUUGCUGGAUUCCACAGUCACCAGGGGGAGAAGGGGUUGGAAGGAGAUUGGGAGGAGUGGGAUCCAAAUUUCGAGCAGUGGGAUCGGGAUUGUGUGGGACUGGCUGGGCAGCUUGUAUUUGAUAGCAAAUAAAAUUUUCGCGGUUCCUGAUUUCUGUCCCGUUCACUCUCCGUCAGUUCCAGUUCUGUUUUCAGUGGCGCCUUCUCAGCUGAUU